UGUUUUGGAAUUGUUUGCCAAUGUUGAACAAUUAAACAAUGACUCACAUGUGCAUAAGGUUGGAAAUUUCCUCAUACAUAUCGUACUCCAACAAACACAUUUUGAACUUACAAUCCCGAAUAAAGCCCCAAACAGUCCUGUCAAGUUAUCAAGAUUACCCACAUGAUGAGUUGGUUUGGGCUUUUCAUCCUCAUUGUGCUCAUAGUCGCACUUUAUUACGCGAUUAAUCUCUACUUGUUUAGGCAGAAGGUCAUCGCGGCUCGGAAACGACUUGACUUUUGAAUCACCAUUUUUGAAACGUGGGGUUUUUACUUCAGUGCUCACUCAGCACGUAAAACUUCAUACUUGUCUGAUGCACAAAAAUCUGGAACGAUAGAAUGGACGUUGCCUCCACGCAUACAGCGGUGAGUUUGAGUGUUUGAAAGUUUUGACAUAGAAUUUAUGGAAUGGUACCGGUAGAUAUCUCAUAAAAUGGCACUGUGAUAGUGAAUACGACUGCAACCCGCAGGACGGCAAUUAGAAUGCGAAUAUUUUCUGGUGCAUCCAACGCACCACUGGUGAUAUAACAACCGUGCUCGGCCAAAUCCAAAUCUUGUAUUCCCGACGAAGAAAUGGUCCUGUGAUCUAGACGUGCCCAUCUUGCAUGCGAAACACAGCCACACCUAAACGAAUCGCAGGAGGCGCAUCUCGUAUUGGCAAGCAGCUGAGUACCCCUCUAUAUAAUGGCUGAGCCUCCUCGCGAGUGUAUACAACUCUAUCAUUUCAACUUCAGGUCGCGAACAUGUCGUUCGAUUUUUCCGUUGGAGACUUCAUCGCAGCGCUGAAACUGGUCGGUAAUGUAGUUGCCUCGCUGCAGGAAGUUGGGGGCGCGUCUUCACAGUUCCGCGAACUCACACGAGAGUUAUUCAGCCUCGAGACUGCGCUUCUACGCGUGAAGCAGCUUGAAUUUGAGGACCACCAACAUGCCGAAUAUGUUGCCUUGAAGCAAGCCGCUUCUCAAUGUCGGCACACCAUUGACGAGUUCUGGACUAAAGCUGCGCGGUACCAAAAACAUCUUCUCGGCCAAGGGAAAACUUCAACUGCGAAGAAAGCGUGGAUGAAAGUCCAGUGGUCGCUCUUCAAAGCCGAUGAUCUAGCCAGGUUUCAAAGCGAUAUUGCUGCUCACACCCAAUCGAUCUUGGUCCUACUAGCUACGCUCCAGUUGCAACAAAUCAAUCUCCAGGCAAAGUCAAACUCAAAAGAAUAUACUACCUUGCGCGACUUUAUGCAAGAUUCUUUUCAACAGUGCCAGGAUCGCAUCUCGCAGAUUUCAUGCGCUAUUGGCGGAUCUAUUGCUCAAGGGGAGCGGCUACUCCGACGCACCGCGUUGAUUUUCCAGACCAACCUCCAAAUUUUUCAGGCCGUGCGGUCGAUACAUGACAUGCUGGUGCGGGUACCACAAGGUAUCGAAAGACAACAGCCGGUGUACAUGAUAGACGCUCUUGGUAAAACAUCACCGUUCCACCUCGAAUUUGUGCGUUCCGCCGAUACUCUCAGAGCUGUCCUCAAGUCCAAUUUCGAAAAGGUGCCUUCCGGUCUCCGAAAGAUCGAAAACGGCGAAUAUGUAUUGUAUAAUCAAGCUACUGGUCGCAGAAUAGACCUCACCAAGGACUGGGAUAUGUGCUUUCUACCAGGCCAACGCAUCGAAAUGCGCAUGGUAUUUGAUUGGACAACAAGGAAACGCGGUCUCUGUCCGUCAUGUCAAACUAGAUGCCCGAGAAUCAAAGGAAAGAGAGAUAUAGAGUGCAAUGCGUGCGGUCUGGUUUUCGCGAGGACUCUCAUCCAUGCAGAAGCACCAACUUCAACGGCAGAGAAGCCUACCAAAACGGCAGUCAAGCACGUAAUUUCAAUGUGGAGCGAAUUGAACGGAACCGAGUCUUCACCUGCAACUAGACACACGACUGCUUUUGAUGAAUCCGACGAUGUCCAACACUAUCGUCGGGUACACAUCAUCUCGCGUAAGCGACGCAAAGUCUGGCAGAAUCCUGCCCUCGUUUGUGGAACUCCUGCGCCUGAAAGUCCAAGACUUGAUGCCUCCACCAUUGUGGCACCUACAAGCCCCAUGGAACUCGAAUCAAACAUGGAGGAUGAUAGCCUGAGAAAUCUAGAUGACAUCCUGGAUCCUACCACAUUUGAGCUCAUCCUCGAAAUGGACGAUGAUUUCGAUGACCGCGAAUUUUCCCGCUCCAUCAUCAUGGGCUACUUCCAGCAGAUGAAUAGCGCUCUAGAAGACAUUGGGUCUCUCACAAAUGACCCACACUCUAGUCUGCAACGGAUCAGCUCAUUGGGUCAUUUUAUGAAGGGCCAGGCUUAUACGAUUGGCCUUAGGAAGCUAGGUGAUCUAGCGUGGGAAAUCCAGUUUGUGGCAGGUACAUCGCCUGGAGAUCCCUAUGGGUUUGAUCACAUCAAGUCCGAGGAGGAUCAGAGAGCAUUUGCGAGACGGAAUGUUCAGAUGUUCUCUGAGCUUUAUGAUGUUGCUAAGACCAAGAUGUCAGCGUUUUACAAGUGCCCUAUAGAAUGA